GUAAAGAAGAGCAAAGAUAAGGCGUGAACGGAGUGUUGAUUUUCACAUUAAACAGACCAACAUUAUGCGAUGAAGAACAUCAUAUUUGUUAUCCUAUGCUUGUGGGCAUAUCAUAGUUGUGCUGAGGAAUGUGUUGACUUCAACCACGAGGCGUGUCAGCUCAUGCUGCAUCAAAACGCCACACUCUGUCACGACCGACAUUAUGCGUUGCGAUAUUGUCAAAAGUCAUGUGGUAUCUGUCACCUUGAGUGUUACAAUUGUGAUACGUCAAUUAUCACAGAAUCACAGUGUACAGAAACCUCGUUAUGCAGAAUCGGUGAGUAUUGUAUGACAGCAAAGCUAGCUUCAACAACGGAUGGACAUAGUCACUAUUACAAACUCGGAUGCGCCACUAAAAAGACAUGUGACGGAAGUGGACUGUUUGUCCUUGGUCGACGCAGUAUGCUGACUAGAAACAUUGACAUAUCGUGUUGCGGUACAGAUCGUUGCAACUUUCCAUUUGCAGAAACAACUACAAUGGUCUUUAAAAUACCAACCCAUCCUGCUACUGCAACUUCGGAAACAACAUUCUCAACAACACACACAGAACCCCUUAGUGCAACGUCAUCGCAAACAACACCGACAACAAUCACUUCUUCACCAACAACUACUACAACACCAACUACCUCUAAGGCAACAACAAUAUCAACAACAACAAUUAAAGUAACAACACCUCCUACAACAACGACCUCAACAGCCACGACAACAACAUACAUACAAACAGCUGCAACAACAACAUCAUCACCAGCCACAUUAUCACCGGAGUUGAUGCAGUUCUGCCAAAUUCGAGAUUCGUUUUCCUGUCCUACAGAGCAGUCAAAUCCCCAGUGCGGAUCAGAUGGCGUGCUUUACAACAAUUUGUGUCUGUACAACUUGGCACUGUGUGAUAAUCCUUCGAUCUCCCAUGCUGCAAUGGAUGCCUGCAAUCAACCAUAAGUUCAACACGUUGGAUGUUUGUUCCUUUGUUUUGUUUCGCUUCUGAAUUUACGGUAUUAAAACUAUAAUUGGGAAAAAGUCACAAACCUGAAAAGUAUACACAUUCUGAUGACUCACUGUCAAUUCUGGACUUGAAUACAUUUAUUAAUAACUCAUAAGACCAUAAGCUCAUCCCAUCAAGCAAUAGUAACUUGUAGCUAGUACUAAGGACUAAAAGUGACACCAUUAUCUGAAGGAAAACUCAUAGGAAUGAAAUUAUAACUAACAAAUUGUAAACUACUAUUUCACUAGA